AUGGCAACUUCUAAGGUAAUUCUCAAUAACGUUCUCUUUGUGUUGUUGUGUGUAGGCAUUUGCUCUGCCGCUAGAACACUCCUCACUCAAGAGGAACAUGCUAACUUUGUUCUAGGCCACGGCACUGUUGGAGUUGUUGCCGGCGGUUAUGCCGGUGGUGGAGGUAGUGGUGGAGGUGGAGGCGGAGGCGGAGGCGGAGUAGAGCUCGGCGGAGGUGGCUAUGGAGAAGGAGCUGGCGGAGGUGAAGGUGCCGGUGGUGCAUAUGGUGCUGCGGGUGGUGGACACGGUGGUGGUGCAGGAAGUGGCGGAGGAGGCGGUGGUGGUGCUGCCGGUGCUGGAUAUGGAGGAGGCGCUGGUAAAGGGGGUGGUAGUGGAUAUGGUGAAGGUGGAGCAAAUGGAGGUGGUUAUGGUGGUGGUGGUGGAAGUGGAGGAGGAGGAGGCGGUGGUGCAGGGGGUGCUGGUGGUGCUGGUGGUGGUUAUGGAGGUGGGCAAGGGAGUGGAGCUGGUGGUGGAUACGGUGGAGCCAAUGGUGGAGGAUACGGAGGCGGAGGUGGAAGUGGUGGUGGCGGUGGAGGAGGUGCUGGUGGAGCACAUGGAGGUGGAUAUGGUGGUGGUGAAGGAGCUGGUGGAGGAUAUGGUGGUGGGGCAGCUGGUGGUGGUGGCGGCGGCUCUGGUGGUGGCGGUGGUGGAGGCUCUGGCGGUGGCGGUGCACAUGGGGGUGGAUAUGGAGCUGGUGGUGGGGGUGGUGAAGGUGGUGGCCACGGUGGUGGAUACUACCCUUGA